AUGAAUUCCACUGCUGAAGAAUCUAGACAUUCCAGAAGGCUCACCUUUACUCCAAAAGAAGAUAAGAAACUGAUGAAACUUGUUGCAAGUUGCGGUUCUUCAGUAAAUUGGAAGACAAUCUCAAUUGAAAUGGAUGGAAGAACUCCAAGACAAUGCAAAGAGAGAUAUAAUAAUUACUUGAGCCCAGAAAUUAAUAAGGCGCAGUGGACACCAAUAGAAGAUAAAGUUAUUAUGGAUGAACAUUUCAAGAGUGGAAAUUCUUGGCAAAAAAUUUCUGGAAUGCUAUCAGGUAGAACCGCUGGUUCAGUUCGUAACAGAUACUAUUAUCUCAUAAGAAGAAUGGGAAUUCCUGAAGCUAGUAUAGCAGUUAAGAACAUUGCAGACGAAUUGAAUAGAACUGAUGAUUUCAAAGAAUCGGAAUGCGAAGUAGGCUACAAAGGACCAAAAUUUAAUAUUUUAUCAGAUUCAAUAUUUGCUGAAGCAAAGUAG